UCUUCCUCGUCUUAUCCUCCUCCUGAUCCUCCCGCUGUUUUCAAGCGGCCUGGAAAAAAAAUCCAGAACGAGGAAGUGCUGACGCACCGGGCCCCACAGAUACUCCCCGAGGCUAGCCGCCCGGACGGCCCACAGAUCUAGGGCGAGGACCAGACCGGAAAUGGUGGUUUCUAUGGUAACCCCUGAGCGGGUUGCCUGGGAGAUGACCCCUUUUGGUCUCUUUGAAUCUUAGCUGUAGGAUUACCUCGAAGGAGGAUUGAACAUCCUGGACUGUCUCCUGCCAUGAUUCCCGGAAAAUAUCGCUCCGUUUCUGGCCGAGCUGCAAAUAACGUGAACUGUGGACUUCAUCUGGUUAUUCAAACGUCGUCACUUUCUGACAAAAACAAAGUUGAAUUCAGGCUUAACAGAGAAACACCACCAUUUCCUGGUAGACUGUUACAGCAUGACCUGGAGAGGAACUACUCAAGCAGGCAAGGAGAUGGAAGAGUAAUAAGUCCUUCGCCUCGUAAUAAGACAUCAUGCAUCUCAUCCACAAGUAACGUGACAGACCUCUGUGGGCUGGACAUGAGAGCUGCCACAACCUCCUUGUCAGCAUUUGGAGACUCUUCCAUUCAGACACCUUCAAAGCCCAGAAUCCGGCAGGGCUGUCAUAGUGCUGGCCCCAAUGUAUCUGGCGAUCACAUUAGUCUGGUGAGCUCAUCCAUGCCGGCGUUUCCUAUUCUCCAGCGCUCUUCUGAAGAGAAAACUCUUUACUCAGACAGGCUGACCCUAGAAAGACAAAAGUUGACUGUGUGCCCUAUCAUCGACGGGGAAGAGCACCUUCGUUUGUUGAACUUUCAGCACAAUUUUAUAACUCGGAUCCAAAAUAUUUCUAAUCUACAGAGGCUAAUAUUCUUGGACUUAUAUGAUAACCAGAUUGAAGAAAUUAGUGGACUUUCUACUCUGAAAUCCCUUCGUGUCCUCCUGUUAGGGAAAAACAGAAUCAAGAAAAUCUCAAAUCUGGAGAAUCUAAAAAAUUUAGAUGUCUUGGACCUUCAUGGAAAUCAGAUUACCAAAAUUGAAAAUGUUAAUCAUUUGUGUGAUUUGAGAGUUUUAAACCUUGCCAGGAACCUCUUGAGUCAUGUUGACAAUCUCAACGGUCUGGAUUCACUAACGGAACUUAACCUUCGGCACAACCAGAUCACCUUUGUGAGAGAUGUGGAUAAUUUGCCCUGCCUCCAACGCCUCUUCCUCAGCUUCAACAAUAUAACUAGCUUUGAAAGUGUUUCCUGCCUUGCCGAGUCAACUUCCCUCUCGGACAUCACCUUUGAUGGCAACCCAAUAGCUCAAGAGUCAUGGUACAAACACACAGUCCUUCAGAAUAUGAUGCAGCUGCGCCAGCUAGACAUGAAGAGAAUCACGGAAGAAGAAAGACGUGUGGCAUCUGUUGUGGCCAAAAAAGAGGAGGAGAAGAAGAGGGAGAGUCACAAGCAGUCCUUGCUGAAGGAGAAGAAAAGGUUAACCAUUAACAAUGUCGCUCGAAAGUGGGACUUGCAGCAGCGAGUAGCCAACAUUGCCAGCACUCAGGACAGAAAGGACUCGGACUCGCCCGCUCAGGAAUCCUGUCAGCUCGACGGAGGCAACACCUCUGCGUUUCCAGAGGAAGCAGGGUCUCUAGAUGCAGGGCUCAGCAGUGCGUUACAAGGCUUGUCUGUCACAGAAACACACUUGGUGGAGAUAGACGGAGAAACCCUCUCACUGUACGGCUCAGGGGCGCUGGAAUGCCUGGAUCGUAACUGGAGUGUUCAAACAGCCGGCAUGGUCACCACGGUCUCAUUCACAUUCAUCGAGUUUGAUGAAAUUGUCCAAGUACUUCCCAAACUGAAGAUGAAAUUUCCAAAUUCUCUGCACCUUAAAUUCAAGGAGACCAACCUUGUGAUGCUGCAGCAGUUCAAUGCCCUGGCACAGCUGCGUCGGGUUGACCAGUUGACAAUCGAUCCUCAGGGAAACCCAGUGGUCAACUUUACACUCUGGAAAUACUAUGUGCUGUUCAGGCUCAGCCACUUCAGCAUGCAGAAAAUAAAUGGAACAGAGGUGACUCAAAAUGACAUGAUAAUGGCUGAAAGGCUCUUUGGAAUCUUAGCACAUGUAGCAUCCUCCGAGCUGCCUCAGUACCGCAUGAUUUCAAUUCUGGGUGAUGCCAGGAAAAAGCAAUUCCGAUAUCUACUGGAAAGCAAAGGUAAAAAGCCUGGCAUCAUCUGUGAGGAGACCAGUGACAGCAAGAGGUUCUUGGGGGAAAACACGAACCGCGCUACCCUGAAUUACACCACCCGAGAAUUCUACCACGAGAAGCUGGAAGAAAUAAAGGACAAGAAGAAGUUCUGCAGGUUGUAUGUAGAAGACCUGGUGAAGGAAGCCACAGCCAUCAACAUGAAAAACGAGGCUCUGCAGAAGCUGUGGCCACAGAUGUUCAUCGAGCUUGUGAGAGACGCUGUCAUAGAGAUCCGCAGCAAGGAUUCCUACAUGAAACUCUGCCUGCAGCAGAUCACUGACCAGAAAUAGGGAUGGCUCCUACUUCAGACUUGGGCAAUUGGAGCUUUUUCGAAGUUUGGCUUACAAGGACACCUUGGCAGCUCAUCGCGAGACUCCAUCAGCUCUGCCCAUCUCAUUCAACAGUGGCUGGGUACCUGAGAACUUACGUUGGUGAUGGUGACCGUUUCAAGGGAGCUAUGCAAGACACAAGCAGCACUUGGUUCAGAAUUGGCAAGACGCUUUCCUAAAGGCUGGCCAAGAUUGAUUUGUUAUCCUGGGAAACAUUUCUUGAAGACUGGCCUGGGAAUGCCUUCCUCAGAGCAUUGCUCUUAGAUGAGCUAUUCGAAGUCUUUAAUUUGAGCUGUCUGUCUCCAUACCAACCUAUGAACAGGCUCCUGGAGGAGUCUUCUGCCUAGCAUAUUUUGAGACCAUUGUUUUGACCAAUGGUGUCAUUUGAGUCAAGUGCCUCCGAGCCAGUCCCUGAAGUCAGGCAACAUGACCCACCUACACAACCGAUGUUACUUGAUCAGAUGCCAAAUGAUAUAGGCCUGUAUUAAUAUGAGGAAAUGGUUUUGCUACAAGAAGAAACAUUCAAAGAAAGCUUGUCUAAAAAGCUUUAAAGUAGUCACUUCACCCAUCUUCAGAUGUCAAGGGUUUAUACCUGUCUUCCCACACUAAUAUGAGGCAGCAGACUUGGGCAGCCACUAUUCUAAUGGACUUCUUCACCUGUUUGUUGACCUGGCUGUUGAUGUAUGGUACAAAAUGUUUGUGCCAGGAGACAUCACCCACUGUAUGAAAAGUGGGGUUUUGUGGUCUUUCAGCAUCUUUCUGAUUUUAUUUGGAUACAGCCUGGUGUGAGGCUCAAACUCACUAUGUAGCUAGCAUUGAACUUCCACUCUUCCUGCCGCCACAUCUUAAGUGC